UGCAGAAAUGCAGACGUUUGCUGGGCACGUGUUCCCUCUCGUCGACACGCCUUUCCCCCUCUCGCCUCCCUUCUUCCCCUCGCAUUCCCCUCAUCUCAUCAAACCUCCUCCCCUACCUCUCUCUACCGCUUCUCUGUGAUCUGGUCUGCUUAUCUGCUACUGCUUCCCUGUGAUCUCCGGCUCUGUCAAAAAUUGUGCCCCCGCGACCGCAAGCUCGCCGCUUUGAUCCCCGCUUACUUCUCGCGCAUAUACAUACAGAAGGGUCUAUACAAUCAGGAGGAAGAUGGAGGUGGAAUACCAUGAGGAGUACGUGAGGAAUCCAAGGGGGGUGCAGCUCUUCACAUGCGGAUGGCUGCCUGCUUCUGCCUCGCCCAAGGCGCUCGUCUUCCUUUGCCAUGGGUAUGGCAUGGAAUGCAGCGUCUUCAUGAGAGCAUGCGGGUUCAAGUUGGCCGCGGCGGGGUACGGCGUGUUCGGCAUCGACUACGAAGGCCAUGGCAAGUCCAUGGGCGCCAGAUGCUACAUCCAGAAGUUCGGCCGCCUCGUCGCCGACUGCGACCGCUUCUUCAAGUCCGUCUGCGACAUGGAGGAGUACCGGAGCAAGAGCCGGUUCCUCUACGGCGAGUCGAUGGGCGGCGCCGUCGCCCUGCUGCUGCACCGCAAGGACCCGGCCUUCUGGGACGGCGCCGUCCUCGUGGCGCCCAUGUGCAAGAUAUCGGAGAAGGUGAAGCCGCAUCCGGUGGUGGUGACCCUCCUGACGCAGGUGGAGGAGCUCAUCCCGACCUGGAAGAUCGUCCCCACCAAGGACGUCAUCGACUCCGCCUUCAAGGACCCCCUCAAGCGCGAAAAGAUCAGGAAGAACAAGCUCAUCUACCAGGACAAGCCGCGGCUCAAGACGGCGCUGGAGCUGCUGAGGACCAGCAUGGACGUCGAGGUCGGCCUGUCCGAGGUGAGGAUGCCCUUCUUCGUCCUGCACGGCGAGGCCGACACCGUGACCGACCCGGAGGUGAGCCGGGCGCUGUACCAGCGGGCCGCCAGCGCCGACAAGACCAUCAAGCUUUACCCGGGGAUGUGGCACGGCCUCACCGCCGGCGAGCCUGACGACAAUGUGGAGCUGGUCUUUGCCGACAUCGUUGCCUGGCUCAACAAGCGAUGUUAUCACCGCAGGCCUGAACACGACCCGGUAAGAAGCGCGCCGGCGGAGCCUACCCGGUACCAACGGCCAGAGUUCGACGGCGCGGACAGCCCGGUGUCGAUACCUCGGCGGCGAGGCCGCUUCCUCUGCGGGCAAUGUAGAAUGUAGACAUGGAACUUGUCACUCCACAUAAGGAAAAGGAAGCAGCAGGUGAAAGCAUGUAGAUAGUGGGCUGCAUGAAUGCUCAAUAAACUGAAUGAAAUUUUGCUCCACUCUGAAGUUUUCUUGUGUUCUCGGGAGACAUUAGCUUCCUGGAGCAGACGGACAGAUGCACAUUUCUGAGAGAACAUGUAAUUUGUACCAUAUAACUCUAUCAUCUCAACAAAGAAUUAGAAGAUCCAGAUUUAUAUAUCCAACAAUCCAACUGGGAUGUCCGUAUAGCUGAGACUGACGGAAAAGGCGACAACAAAAAAGAAUAACAUUACACCAACAACCAAGGUAAUUUCAGUAGUAGUAAAACUCUCGACAAC